ACCUAAAACCCUGCAACGCUCUCUCUAAGCUCUGCCGUCACCAGCUCCGCAAACUUUGUUAAAAGAAAUGAUAAAGAGGAGAUUCUAUAAAUUUGAACAUGGUGAUAAAGAUAAUGUGUCGGAUUCGUCUUCGUCAUCUUCGGACUCUGAACUUGAAGUGGAAGCCUCGGGAGAAUCUGAACCUGAAUCAGAACAAGGAGUUACUGCUCAAGUAAAACAACAUGAUCAAGCUUGCUCCACGUCUUCUGGGUACGAGAGCGAGGAUAGCUCCGCACAUGAAGUUGGUGUGGACUCGGCAGGUCUUAUAGAUGAUGAUGAGGAACCUCGAGAUGAUAAACAGAUAUUUAUCAACAAUAAGUUGCAUACUAAACACGGUGCUCAAUUACAGGGAAAAAACUUGCAUACCCCAACCAAAGAAGAACCGUUGCCGAACGAUUUCCCAAGCUGUAUACUGAAAUGCAAAUCGGUUUUUAACUGCAAGUUGUGCCCUAGAAUUGUCUGUUUGAAUGAGGAGACUAUAAGGGCUCACCUUAGUUCCAAGAGGCAUGCUCGAUCCAAGAAAUUACUCGAGGAAGGUAGACUGAAGACUAUGCUCAACAGUGACGGGGAAAUUGAUAAUCAGGAAAUCGCUGCAGAAACACAUGCUCCAGUUGAUGCUGUUGCAAAGGAUAAACAGAAAACGAAAAAUAGAGGACGUCAACGAAGGGUGAAAGGUUCAAAAAGAAAGAGAACGAGAGAAGAGUCUACAAAACAUGGAUCCAAAAGGGGGCGUGAGAAUGAAGAUUGAAAUCUGUUAAACGAGUAGAUUUUUCUGCAAAAAUAGAGUUAUGUAAUGCAACCAAACUAACCAUAACCUAUGAAAGUUUAGGGUUUUCC